AUGGUGCGCCUGCUCAGCCACGCCCUCUCUGCGCACGGCGUCAAGCGCUCUCGCGUCCCGCCCGUCCCCGACUCGGAGGAGGUCGCCCGCCGCAAGCGCGACAAGGAGCUCCAGCGCAUCGACGAGUACCGCACACUGCUCGAGGGCGUUCUCGACAAGAACCGCACCGAGGUGUACACGCACGAGGCCCUCGCCGACACGACCCGCCUCCUGUCGCUCAAUCCCGAGUUCCAGACUGGGUGGGGUGUCCGCCGCCGCAUCCUCCUCAAGGGCCUCCUCGUCAACGCGCCCGACGACGACGCGCGCCAACAGCUCCUCGAGGCCGACCUGCAGCUCACCAACGCGUCGCUCAAGCUCAACCCCAAGGUCUACUGCGUGUGGGAGCACCGCAAGUGGGUCCUCGAGACGAUGCCCGACGCCGACUGGGCAUUCGAGUUCAAGAUGGUCGAGAUGUACCUCGAGAAGGACCCGCGCAAUUUCCACAGCUGGGACUACCGCCGGUACCUCGUCUCGUCGAUCCAGUCCAUCGCCUCCCCUUCGUCCUCCUCCUCCUCCCUCCCUCGACCUCGCACCAAACCUCUUCCCCAGCCGACGACCUCGUCCGAGCUUGCCUUCACGACGCGCAAGAUUUCGGCCAACUUCAGCAACUUUAGCGCGUGGCACUACCGCACCAAGUUGCUCCAGAAGCUGUGGGACGAGCGAGGGUGGGCGGCCGACGCGCAGGAGCGGCUCGACAAGGUGGACGAGGAGUUUGAGCUCGUCAAGCAGGCCAUCUGGUCCGACCCGAACGACCAGAGCGCGUGGCUGUACCACCGGUGGCUCGUCGGCGACGGAACCGUCUCGAUCGUGCGGCGCGAGAUUGAGGGCAUCGAGGAGCUUCUCGAAGAGGAGCCCGACAGUCGCUGGUGCCUCGACUCGCUCGUCCACUACAAGCGCCUCCUCUCGCGCCUCCUCGAGCCGCAAGGCGACUCGACCCGGCCGGAACGCGACCAGCUCAACCUCGCGUGCGUCGACAUGCUCGCGCGCCUCAAGGAGGUCGACCCGAUGCGGCGCGCACGCUACGAGGACCUGAACCUUCAGCUCACCAGCGCACUAGAUGCCCGCGUCGGCUCGUUCGCAGGACUCGCCCUGUGGCUCGCGCCCUCGUCCCCCACCACAACCUCGGACCUUUCCAACCUCAUAUCGACCCUUUCCGCCAAGCACGGCACGCCUCGGUUCGACCCUCACGUCACCCUCCUCUCCGGCAUUCCCUCCUCCGCCGAGCUCCCUUCCCUCCUCGACUCGCUGCGCACCGCGCUCGCCCGAUGGCGCCAGUCGCAUGCCGCCCCUCUCCGCCUCGCCUUCAGCUCGCUCGGCAGCAAGGCCGCCGAGCGCGUCUUCUUCCAGUACCUGUUCGCGCACGUCGACGACUCGAACGAGGCGCUCCUCGCCCUGCGCAAGGCGACGCGCGAUGCCCUCCUGUCGCCCGAGCAGCGCGCAAAGGCCGACGACUACAUGCCGCACCUGUCGCUCAUGUACGGCGAGGACGACGAGCGCAAGGCGGCGCAGGGCAUCAUGGAUGAGCUGCGGCGCGAGGGCGGCGAGGUGCGGCAGGUUGAGGAUGGGCGGUGUGCGGUCAAAGGGCACGAGGGGAUUGAGGUCGACGAGGUGCAGGUGUGGAAGUGCGAGGGCCCGCCGGAGAAGUGGCAGAUGGUCGCGAGCGAGCGGCUGUGA